AUUGUUUGCCAUUUCCAGUUUCCAGUAAUGGGAACGAUUACUUGAUCUAGCCAGUUUCUGUUGAAGAUCUGGGAAAACUUACAAAUUUUAAUGGCAAAAUUUUAUCUGUUUCCAUAAAACAACAACAGAAAAAAUCAUAACCUGCUUUUGGUACCUGGAGACAUCACUUCUGAUGAUGAAUAUUGUUUUAUUUUGGAAUUAAGUGUCUGUUCUUCAGAAACGAGAUGUAUCUUGCUCUUCUGGUGAUUUUCUUGCAGUGUUCAGAACUUUACACUCAGGAGGAAGUUUUUACUUUCAACGCAGUUGAAAUCAAGGUUCAGCCAUCUGUCAAAGUAAAGAAUGGAGCUCCUAUGUCAAUUGUCUGCCAUGCUGAUAUUAGCAAAAGUACUGAUUUCCAGCUGAAGCAUAAUUUUACAAUUUUUAAGGAUGGCAAGCUUGUGUUCAUGACUGUAUCAGACAAAGGAGAUGCACAAUAUGAAAUACCUAUGGCUAGAUCUUCAGAUACAGGAGAUUAUGAAUGUACUGUGGAAGCAGGCAGAAAGACAAAAUCUAGUAGCUCCUUACAUGUUUGGGUAACAGGAAUGACCAAGCCAAUCCUAACUGCUGAGAAAAAAGAAGUUUUAGAGGGUGAUGUUGUGAAAUUACGUUGUGAGCUGCCAGAAGAAGUACCUCCUUUAUAUUUCUUUUUCCGAAAGAUAAAGAUGAAUUCAACACCUAAAGAAAAACAUGUAUUUGAACCAUACAGAAAUUUUUCUGUAGUGGAAUUUUCUGUUGAAGAGGGAGAUAAUAUUUUACAAUUUGAUUGCUUUGGUAGAAGAACUGUAAAACUCGAAUUUGAAAACUCAGAACACAGCAACAAAACACUUGUUACAGUCAGGGAACCAUUUAUAAAGCCUACUCUGAGUGCCAAGCCCUCAAAUAAUAUUACAGAAGGAGACAGAAUACAGUUUGAAUGCUCAACUGUGGUAGCCCGAAUGCGUGACAUUGAAAUCAUACUCCAGAAAAACAAAACAAUACUGAAUAGUGUACGAGAUGAGAAAAGUUUGAAAUACUCUGCAGUAGCUACUCUAGAGGACAGUGGUGAAUACCUGUGUAAGGUGGAGCAAGGGAGAGCAUCUAAAACCACCAAACUGAAUGUUGAAGUGUCAGAGUUAUUCCCCAAGCCAAUAUUGGCUGCUUCUAUGAAUAAGCUGGAUGAAAAUAAAGAAUUAACUUUGAGUUGCAGCAUUAGUGGUUUUCGGAAAGCUAACUUCUCUAUAUUACGGAAAAAUUCAAAUGGAGACAUCUGGUUGAAAAAUUCUAGAAACUUAACAAUGAGAGUUAAUGUGAAUGAUACUGGGUCCUAUAUCUGUAAAGCUGAAGUAAAAGGAAUAGUCAAGGAAAGCAAACCUGUAAGGAUAAAUGUUUAUGCUCCAGUCUCCAAGCCAACUCUAUCUGUUGUCGGUGGUUUGCCAGAGGUGGUGUUAGGGAAGCCUCUACGGUUAAUCUGUCGUUCAGUGACAGGAACACCGCCAAUAACAUUCACAUUCUACAAAGGAAAUGAAGUUAAGAAAAUAGUAAUUAAUGAUACAUAUGCUACGUUCUUUGAUGAAAAUAUUAGACAAAAUGACAGAAGAGGAUACAAAUGUGAUGCUAGAAAUAAUCACUCCAGUGGUGUGAAAACUAGCAGUAUUCUAAACAUCACAGUAAUAGUUAUUUCUACUAGUGCUAAUAUUUGUUUUCUUUGUGCCUUCCUCUGAACUUGCUACCACCCCCCGGGCAGUAUUCCAUAUGGAGAAGUGGAAGAUGGCAGUGAGACUGCUUUUCUCUGCUCUGUGAAAGAAGGAUCUUGGCCAAUCCUCUUCAGGAUUUUUAGAAAAACUGAUCAUGAAGUUCUUCUGUUUGAAAAAAGUGAAAAUGCAGACAGAGUCAUGUGGCGCAAGGAAGCAAUGAACAGGCAGGACACAGGGACGUAUUACUGCGUGGCUUCUAAUCGAGCUAAUGUGGAUGUGAAAAGCCAUCCAAUAACCAUCAGUGUCAUCUUAGCAUCUUGGCAGAAAGGAAUCAUUGCUGCAUUUGUCCUAAUACCUGUUGCAGGAGCAGUAACUCUCGCUUUAUGGUGGUUUUUGUGGAAGAAGAAAAAGGCUAAAGGACCGUCCAUGGAGAUGUCUGGUUCUGCCUUGGCUACAAAUUUGACAAGUGAAAAACUGACAAGACAGCACAAUGAUGGAGACUACUAUUCAGGAUCAGGUUACAUUGAAGACAGUGAAAAUCACAUGAAAUCAACAGAUGAGAGUAAAGGACCUGACCUUGAGAGUGCUGAGGUGGAGUACACUGAAGUUGAAGUAUCAACGCUCGAUCCUCACAGAGCUCCUGUACAGAAGGGGACUGAAACAGUUUAUAGUGAAAUCAGAAAAGCUAAUAAUGAUUCUGUGGAAAACAGGCAUUCUAGAAUACAAGGGCAUCCUGAUGCUACUUAGAACAGUCAUCUCAAACAUCAGCUGGGAGAAGAAAACAAGCCAAGAUGGAAGAUGUUGCAAAUGUUUCGAAAGCUCUGCAGCACUUAUUUAUGAGUUUGCCAGGCUCUUCUUUUCAAAGUUUAUUUCCUCGGGGGGGAACAAUAGAGAUGUUCCUAAAGCAUUUAAUGGAAAAAAUUACAAAUAAAUGUUCUCCUAGGAAAGUGGCUGUAGAAACCACUGACCUAGGUUCCCAUCUUUAAUUUCUCCUGCUAAUGCAAUUUUUCCUUUCUAGCCGCCAAUUCAUGAUGCUCUGAGGAAAUAAAAGGGGAAGCUACAGCCAAGGAAGUACAUUUCUACAGUGCAGUAACUACUGUGAUGCUAGUAGGAUGUAGAAAUAUCUAAGCUUGCUUUAAACUAGCUAACUUGGUUAUCAGUAACACUCUACUGUGGCAGAUCAGAGCUCAGCACAGCUUGGCCAGCCAUGUAUGUUCUUUGAUGCGAUCUUGCAACUUGUGCUGAACUCCCUGUGCUGCAGCAGCUGGACUGCUAC